AUGUGCCUUCUUUGCUUUCAGUUUCCGAUACACAGAAGACAGUUCACUACAGGUAGACCCUGUACCUGCAAGGUCUUGCAGCUCCUGCUGGUAUGCACCACGACUGCAGAGGUGACGCUGGGCGAUCGCUUGUUCAAGGGUGCCCUCAAAUAUGCCAACCAGAGCUUGAACGGCCGCUUCAUCAGCCAGAUGGUUGAUGGCUCACUGCCCCAAGCGGCCUUUGACUACUACUUGAAGCAGGACAACCUAUACCUCUCCAAGUACGCCCGCGCCUUCGGAGUGCUGGGGGCUAAGGCGGCCGGCACGGAAGAGCUCGCCUGGUUGCUGAACCGAUCAGUGGGCUUCCUGCACGAGCACGGCAAGAAAGCCAACAGCGAGCUCCGGGAAAGCACUUUCGAAAAGGAAGCUUCCGCGACCACGAUUGCCUAUACUUCCUUCAUCCUGGAAUCAGUCUGGGGCGACGACAUGAUCAUGGGAUAUGCGUCUGUCCUGCCAUGCCAGCGACUCUACGACUACCUCUUUGCCACACUGAAUCGCACAAGGCACAUUGCAGAGGAUAAUCCGUACAAGAAGUUCAUCGAGCAGUACGCUGAUCCUAGCAACCAUGUGAUCACUUUGAAGAUGGAGUCCUUUCUGGAGCAGUAUGCCGUACAUGGCUUGUCCGACGAGUGGCUUGCGCGAGCUCAGUUCCACUACAACACGGCCAUGAAGUACGAGUCUCAGUUCUUCGACCAGGCGAUAGAGCAUUGUGAGGAGACCGGCUGCGAGCCGGCGACCCCUAUUCGAGCACUGGCUGAGGUACCUGCACCAGUCCAGCAAGCCGCAGAACAUUCGCGCUGGUCUACAGUUUGCGUGGCUUUCCCUGCCGCGGCACUGGCCUUGACGAUUUCAGGUCUCUGGGGCUCGCGCAUGAGAGCUGCCGCCACUUAUGCGAAGCCUUAG